UUUGAAAAUGAAUGAUAUGCUGCUCAAGUUGUAGAAACGGUGAGGCAUUGGCGCAUUUGUGUGUGUCUAGCGGCAAACAGCAUUAACAGAGAGGGGGAAAAGGCAGACGAGGAGGAUUCAAGAGGAAAUCUGAAACACGAACCAGGACAAAGAAAUAGUUUACAGCAAUGCAAUUGACUGUGUGUGAGCCCACUGCCAUGUCCGAAGCCGUGGUGAUGGAGCCUCCCCGAGCGGGCGGCUUCCUGGAGUCAUCUUGUGGCGCAGGAGACAGCGCGGCCUCCCUCGAUGACGGCGUUGUUGAUACAGCAAAUGAGUCUUCAGAGGAAGAGUCCGCAGGGGAGAGGGAAGAGGAGACCGGUGCGCAUGAUGACGUCGCCAGCAGCACCAAGACUACAGAGGUCCCUGCUGCACAGACGUCAAACACACAAACAGUGAACGCUCAGCGCCCAAACUCCCUGGCAGUGCCGGCAGCAGGAGAGCCCGGCCUGUGGACGUCACAGGGUGACGCAGAGGUGAAACUGAGGAUGGGCGACUCUGGCCUGGCUGCUGAGACCCCUCUGACCAUCAACCAGAUGUUCACCUCAGCUGUGGAACGCUUUGGCGACUUCACAGCCCUGGGUUGGAAGGAGGGCGAGCAGCAGAAGAGCCUGAACUACAGAGAGUACUAUCAGACCUGCCGCACCGCUGCAAAGAGCUUCCUUAAGCUUGGUUUGCAGCGCUACCACGGUGUCGGCAUCCUGGGCUUCAACUCGUCUGAGUGGUUCAUCUCUGACAUCGGAGCCAUCUUGGCAGGUGGGUUUGCUGUCGGCAUCUACACCACCAACUCUCCCGAGGCAUGCCAGUAUGUAGCAGAAAACUGCAAGGCCAAUAUCAUUGUGGUGGAGAACCACAAACAGCUGCAGAAGAUCCUUCAGGUCGAAGACAAGCUGCCACAUUUGAAAGCCAUUAUCCAAUACAAAGAUGCACUGAAAGAGAAGAGACCGAAUCUUUACACAUGGGCAGAGUUCAUGGAGCUGGGACGCGAUGAGCCCGACGCACCUCUCGAUGCGAUCAUCGCCAGCCAGAAGCCCAACCAAUGCUGCACGCUCAUCUACACCUCAGGGACCACAGGCCAGCCCAAAGGAGUCAUGCUCAGCCAUGAUAAUAUAACGUGGACGGCGCGCUCCACCGGCCAUCACGUGCGUCUGACAGACGCCACCCAGGCUCAGGAGGUGGUGGUCAGCUACCUGCCGCUCAGCCACAUCGCUGCUCAGAUGGUCGACAUCUGGGUCACCAUGAAGGUCGGAGGGGCGACUUAUUUCGCUCAGCCGGAUGCACUGAAGGGCUCUUUGGUGAACACGUUGAAGGAAGUGCGUCCCACAGCCUUCAUGGGCGUCCCACGUGUCUGGGAGAAGAUGCAGGAGAAGAUGAAGUCCGUCGGAGCCAAGUCUUCCACUGUGCGCAGGAAACUGGCCGCCUGGGCCAAAGAUGUCGGCCUGCAGACUAAUCUGACCAAGAUGAAUCAAGGUGGAGCAGCAGGCCGCACCCCCCUCAGCUAUCAGCUAGCCAAAAAGUUUGUGUUCAAAAAAGUGCGUAAGGCUCUGGGCCUGGACCGCUGCAACAAGUGCUACACCGGCGCUGCUCCCAUCACCAAAGACACUCUGGAGUUCUUCCUCAGCCUGGAUAUCCCUCUUUACGAGCUGUACGGCAUGAGCGAGAGCACCGGCCCUCACACAGUCUCCAUCCCCGACGCCUUCAAGAUCACCAGUUGUGGUAAAGAGCUCCCCGGGUGCAAGACGAAGCUGCACAACCCAGACGAGGAGGGCAACGGAGAGAUCUGCUUCUGGGGCCGUCACGUCUUCAUGGGUUACCUCAACAUGCCUGACAAGACGGAGGAGGCUCUUGAUGCAGAGGGUUGGCUACACUCAGGUGACCUGGGCAAACAUGACGAGAACGGAUUCCUCUUCAUCACCGGAAGAAUUAAAGAGCUGAUCAUCACAGCAGGAGGAGAAAACAUCCCUCCUGUUCCUAUCGAGGAUGCAGUGAAGGAGGCUGUGCCGCUGAUUAGUAACGCCAUGCUGAUCGGAGACAAGAGGAAGUUCCUUUCUAUGCUGCUCACCGUUAAGUGCCAGGUAAAUGCAGAGUCAGGCGAUCCAGAGGAUGAGCUCACACCAGAAGCUAUUGAGCUCUGCAAGAAGCUGGGCAGCAACGCCACACGAGUGUCUGAGAUCGCAGGUGGACGAGACCGGGCGGUCCACACUGCCAUUCAGGAGGGAAUCAACCGAGUCAACGAGAAGGCCACCUCCAACGCUCAGCGCAUCCAGAAGUGGAUCAUCCUGGAUCGGGAUUUCUCUGUCUCAGGAGGAGAGCUGGGCCCGACCAUGAAGCUGAAGCGGCCAGUGGUGGUGAAGAUGUACAAGGAGCAGAUCGAGAACUUUUACAAGGAGCUGGCGACUCCAACGACCCCCGACAACCCGCUGCCUCCCAAAUAGAGCUGCUCCUCCACCCUGCAGGGGGAACCAGACUGAGUUAACGUGCUGACACACUCACCUCAUUCAUUCAACUUGUAAAAAAAAACAUUUUGAUUGCCUUAAGUUGUGGUCGUUCUGUCUUGGUUUACAUUAGUGGGUGUUUGUACAAAAAGGAAAGCAGAGACAAGAAGCCAUUGUAAAAUAGCUUUAUGAUUUUUGAAGACGUAAUCGAUAAGCUGUCAACUAUUUAUUUGGAUUACUGAAACGGUAAUAUCUACUAGAUAAAGUAGCAGCUGUAUGUAAGAAACGCUGUUUAUUGCACUGCAUUACUUGAGAUGAAGAGACAGAAUCCAAACGUAGAAGUUUAUAGGAUGUUUUUAAAGAAGUAAUUUGUGUUUUUAAACAUGUUUUUCUUAAUUUAUUUCCGGUUUGCCAAAGUUUAUACGGGCCAAAUGAGCUUCGAAUGAAGAAACAUUUCUAGAAGACUCCAUUUGUAAUUCAGCAAUCGUAUCCAAAUGUUUACUGGCCUUUUACAUGUAUCCGGUAGUUGUCUGCGUUUUCUGCAAAGGUAGUUGCGAUUGCAGGGGUGUAUUUAAGUCCAUCUCAUGACUAAGCAUCCAAAUUGUGUUUCUCAUGCUGUAAAAUAAUUUGUCAUCGAAGCCAUAUCUCUUGCCUUUUAUCAUUGUGAAGUCAGACUCGACGCAGACCUUCACACACCCGCCUGGUCCUGUUGAAAUGUUUUCCAACAGUCCGUCUGUGUGUGGACCUGCUGUGCUUUUUGUGGAAUACUGUAAAUAUGUUCGCCUACAUCAUCUCUCACUUUGUACUUCAGAGUCAUUUAUCCAACCAACAUGGAAAAACGUGCACCUGGACUGGGAAUUGUAGAUAAAUUUGAUUAUAUGUAGCUCUAUGGCAAAUAUAUCAACUGGUUUGUUGCCUCCUCUUAUACUCCACACAUAUAAAUGUCCAUGUCUUUAGCUUCCUUGAAGACAUUUCAUACGUCUUCAAUGACAAGGAAGGACAAGACUUUGUUGUACUCCAAAGAGGUGAUCUUGUAUAUGAAGUUAUUGUGUGUAUAUAGUAAACAUAUUGUAGUUAUUUGUAGCACUCCCGAUGGUUGAAAGUGAAGGAGGUUUUGCUGGUGAUGGUUCGAUUAAAGUAACAAUUUCAGGGUAAACAAAACGGAGCAAUUUUAAAGUGUGUAUAAAGUUAAAUAAGGACAUGACGGUGAUUCAUUCACCUGACCUGAAAGAGCUGUAAUUGUUGUAUAUCAGGGUUGAAUGGUGCAAAUAUGCAUGACGCUGCAGGAGAAAAUGGUAGCAGGCCUGUUUCUGUCUACAGACAUGUAAAUGUGUGUGUUUGUUCAGUUAUGGAAUAAAGGUUAAAUAAGCUGA